AUGGAUCCCGAUGUGGCUCGUCAUUUGUUUGAGCAAGGUGGUUUAUUAUUGAUACUCGAUUUACCUAGGCAAUGUGAAUUCGGUAUUGAUAUGUACACAUGGAAAAUAGGUCCCAAAUUUCAGGGAAUAAAAAUGAUUCCACCCGGGAUUCAUUUUGUUUAUUAUAGUGUACAAGAUAAUGUAUCAAAUGAUUACGCUUGCCGUCAAGGUUUUUUUGUGGAAUUUAAUAAAACUAUACAAAAUCAAAUGUUAAAAGUGUACCGUUGGUCCAAAGAGGAAUGUUAUCUUGUGCAUGUUGAUUUGUCAAAUGAUGAUUAUGAACGUUACAGAUCAAAUCGUUAUCAAAUGGAUGAUUUACUAGGUCAAUAUCCGUUGGAUACUUAUCGACAAUGGUUAUCAUUAACUAAUCAGUUGAAAUAUGAAUGGAUUACGCAAUUACAACCAAUAAAUGGUCAUAUAUGUUCAGCUACUGUUUACAACCCCACAAUAAUUGAACCACAGCCGAAAGCAAUGGAUAUAAAUAGUGAUUUAGGAAAUACCAGAUCCUCUUCCAUUUCAACAUGGUCUGAUAAUAUGCAAAUACCAAAGAAUUUACUAGAAGCCGAAUCUCGUUUACCAACCAUGACACCAAUGAAAGAAUAUGAAUUCCGUUUUACUAUACUAAAUAAACAACAACCAGAACAAUUUGAAAAUCUAUCUGGUCGUUAUUUAACGAAACUCAAAUUAGAUCGUACAAAUGAACUAGAAAUAAUUAUUCAUGACCGUUAUUCUUCAAAUGUAAAUGGUCUAUUGUGUGAGUUACAAUUUAGUUUUAUUAUAUUUCUAUUGGGACAUGUUUACGAUGGUUUUGAACAAUGGAAAUUAAUUUUAAAAUUAAUAUGCUAUUGUCAGAAAGCAUUUAUCACUUAUCCUAAAUUUUAUUGUGAUUUUUUACAAUUAUUCUAUUUUCAAUUGAAAGAAUUUUCUACAGAAAAUUAUAAUGAACAUUUUUUUAUUGAUAUUGAUCAAAAUGAUAAUUAUAUCUAUAAAGCGUUGGAAAAUUUUUUUGCUAAUAUUUAUUCAUAUAAUGAAACUGAUGAAGAAAACAACAUUGAACAAGAUAAAAGUGAUAGUAAAAAUUAUUUUUUUAUCAUGUUUCUACUACCAACUAUUCUAAUUAUCUCUAGCCUACUUUUAUCCGUAUUAAGUACGGCAAUAUUUCAAUUAAAUCCUGGUUGUGAUCUAAUUCAAUGUGCAAAUUCAUCUACAGGUCCAAGUUUAUUUUAUUCGGCUAAUAAUGUAUCAGACCAUACUUAUCAUGUAUUUUAUUCGAGUUUUGAUGUAUUAACUGUGAGUAUUGUUGAAACAGAGAUUGGUGUAACACCACAUAUUAAUUGGGAACAAAUGUUUGCUGGAAACUAUACGAAUGCAAUUGUAUUUCAAGAAACUCCUACUAAUUCUUAUAGUAUAGUUUUAAGACGUAUAAUGGAAUUUGACGAUUAUAAAGAUACUGGAAAAAUAAGUGAAACAACAUUAUUUUCAUACUGGCUAAAUACAGCAGAUAAAUAUAAUAUAAGUUAUAGUGGAUCAACAUCGGCUUUCCGGAUACCGAUAGACGAGAUAAAUGGCACAUUAAACGUUGAGAUUGUUUAUGAAGGAAUAAAAAUGAGAGAUAAAAAAUUUCCAAAAUUAAGCACAACACCGACAAGUUAUUUUUUAAAUAUUGAAUUAAAAGCAGCAAAAUUAAAUUCUUCGAGAUCACGAUUUGCAAUAGAAUUAUUAACAACAGGUUUCAGUGAUCAUGAACCAAAAAUAUCAAGUUCGCGAUAUAUCGAUGAUCAAUAUACACCAGGUAUAUUCAGUGUAUGGCAAUUAAAGACUCCUUCUGGCAGUUUGUAUCCUGCACAUCUUAUUUGGAAGCCUGCUGUAUACAGAAGUGCAGGACGCUCUAUUGAGGAUAAUACAUUAAUGACAAUAUAUGGUUUAAAAAAUGUUUCAAUCGAUAAAACAAUUGAUAGAGGUUUAAUUGAUGCAUUAUAUCGUAUAAAAUAUCCUUAUGCAUUCAAUAUAAGUUUUGGACGAUCAAAAGAUGGCUUUUUUAAAAAAACAAAUUAUACAUUCAUACAAAUAACAGCCGGUUUAGGAGAGCCUGUUCUAGAUUCAACUAAAUUAUUCGUAACAUUAGCUGUGACAAUUGGUCUUGGACUACCUGCAUUAGUUGCUCUUAUGGCCAUCAUUAUCGCAGUAAGAAGACGUUAUACACGUCGAGCAGCAAGUACUUAUGAGCCGAUAUCUGACUAA